GCCGAAUAUAAAGUAAGUUUGAAUUUUUUUUUUUUUUUAUAUUUUGUUCUUCUUGUUCUAUUUUAAAAAAAAAGUAUUCUUUUCUUCUUCUUCCAUACCCCCUUCUCUUUUUCUCCCAAUGAUGAACCCUAGUAACAACAAGAACGAUAAACUCAAGUUGCCUCCUAUAUCUGCAAUGGAUGAAUUUCUACCCACACGUACAUGGCAAUUAGAAGAGCAACGGGAAUGGAAAUCACCCCCUUAUAGAGAUAGAAACGAACUUUCGAGAGACACUUCUUACAAGACUUGUUUAUACAAUACAACUUCGCCCAUUCUUAUGCAACAAAGGGGAAUAGACCCCCCUGAGUCACCACAAGGGGUAACAUCUUCUUAUUUUCAAUACACUACAGCAAUACACUCAACAACAACACCACCACCACCACCACCACAUACACAACCACCACAGACACAUACACAACCAACAAGAGGACCAAGUCGCGUAGAUAAUGACAUUGAAGAGGUAGUUCGACAGUGUCAUACAUUAUGCGAUAAUAUGGUGCAACGUAAAAGCCAAUUCAUUCGACAAACAAGCCCAUCCGAAUUGGACUCAACACGGCCCUGGUUAGACGACAUGAUUGGUAGAGCCAAUGAAGUAUUAAAUGCCUUGUUAAGGUUAAGAAAGCAUCAAAUGGCAUCAGAACAACAACAUCAACAACAACAACAAUCUGAGCAACAGAAUAAACACAGUCCCCAUCUAUGGCGUGUAAGAUCCUCUUCUCCAUCUGCAAGGGACAACAACAACAAUCAUCAUGUUACCCGACAAAGAAAACGAGGCAAACGACCUGCUUUUCAAGGCAAAUGUCAUAGUUGUAAUAUCUCUGAAACACCUGAAUGGCGAAGAGGGCCUGAUGGUGCUCGUACACUCUGCAAUGCAUGUGGCCUUCAUUAUGCUAAAUUAGCUCGUAAACAACAGGAAAAUCGCGGCAUGAGUACAAAAAGACUUACAUCAUCACCACCACCACCACAGGUGCAGUCGGUUGCAGAUCAUAUCCUACCUACAGGUUAAUUAUACAAUAAACCCCUCUUCCCAUAACAGUGUGUUAUGAGAGGCACAAAAAAAAAAAACGAGAGAGCUCAUUUAGGGUAGUUUAUUCCCGAUUGAGUUACAUCUCCAGUCAAUGUCACUUUUUUCCCACUGUUUACAAAGAUUGGGUUAUCUAUGAUCUAUAGACCCAAUCAUAAUAUAUCGUAAAUUUGAUAAGUCCAAUCCAAUUGAUUGGUUAUAUAUUCAUAAAAAGAUA